AAAAUGCAUUUAACAAAAUAUAUACAUACUUAAAAUAUGUUUAUAAAGAUCUAUGUCAGCCUACUCCUAAAAUUAUUGAACAAUUUGAACAUGCUAUCAAUAUAUUUAAUCCAACAUCAGGAUUUAAAUUUAAUGACAUGGAUGUUGAACAAAAACCAGAAAAUCCACUGAAACAAGUUAGUGAAGUAGAAAUCAAUUUCAAUAAUAUAAAAAAUAUUGAAAUGCCAGAAAAAAUAAGUCCUGGAUAUUUGAAAAGAUGCAAAGAUGCUAAAAAUAUGAGAAAAGGUUUGAUCUUUAAAUUCAUUUAUAUUAUUUGUGAAAAGUGAAAGUGAUAAGAAAAACAAAUAAAUAACAUCAAUAUAAUGGACAAAGAAAAUAAUCAAAACUUUAAGCAUUUGAUAGAUAUGAAAGAUACUAGUUUUCCCUCAUCAAUAAAAAUUUUCACAAAUAGUAAACCCUUACAAACUCUUUCUGAAAACACAAGAUGUGCUAAUGCUAAAAAGCACACUGCUGGCUCAUCAGAUAAGAAUAUAGUUAUCCAUUCUUGUAAUUAUGAUAGACAAAAAGAUUCUUUUAGGCCUCUAUUAAAUACAAAUCAAUUACAAAAAAGAUAUUACCAGAGGAUACUUCUGCAAAAACGAACAAUGUACUCCACAGUUCUUGUAAAUCUUUUAUUAUAUAUACCUAAUUAUUUUAUUUUAGUACUACCACAUGGAAAUAAUAUUAGGACAUUAAAUCCUUUUAGGAUUUUACCAAAUAAUAUGCCCAAACUGACAUUACCAUUAAAUAACACCACAAAUGUCCCAAUUUCAAAUUUUUCUUUUGUGAAAGUUGGGAAUAUAUCUACAAGCUCAAAUCAAAUUAGAACGCUAUCAUUUUUUAAAUAA